UUGUUUCUUUGAAAACCUUCAGAGUUCAAGAUCCAGUCAUCCCAAGGUCCCAACAUCAUGACGUCAGUUUCAGCACAGUUGUUAGUCCUCAUUUCACUGCUUUUGGUGCUGCCUGUUGUUGAAGCAGUAGAAGCAGGAGAUGCAAUCACUCUCUUUUUAUGUGUGGUUCUCUGCAUUACAGGCAUUUGUGCUUGUUUGGGGGUAUAUGCACGAGAGAGAAAUGGAGAGGUAUGA